CACUAGUCAGUGUGAACUAAGGCUGGCAAACAAAGAUGGAUGUCUUUGGUGGUGCACCACGCUUCUUGGCCUACCCUCGUCCUGUGGUGGUGCAGAGCGGCACGGACGCUGCCCUCAAGUGCCAGAUUGGCGGUGACCCUCGUCCAACUGUCAUCUGGGAACGAAACAACAAGCAAAUCCAUCCCGAAGGCCGCUACCGUUUAUUCGAGGACGGUAAUGUAUACAACCUCAUCAUCUCUGCAGCAAGUGCAGAGGACAGUGGCCAGUACAUCUGCAAGGCUAAGAACAGCAUCGGGGAGACCUAUGCAGCCGCCACUUUGAAGGUGGAGGGCGAGGCACAGAGGAGGGAGCUCCGAGAGGAAAACAAGCCUCGAUUUCUUAUCAAACCCCUCUCAACUCGGGUGGGCCGUGGAGAAGAUGCAGUCUUCUCCUGCAAGCUGUGGGGAAACCCUCGGCCAGAGGUGGUCUGGGAGAAGGACGGCAAAAGGCUCAAUGAGAUAUUUGAGAGCACACAUUUCAGUGUGGGCUACCAGGAUGGUGGCUGGUUUCAGCUGAAGAUAUUCAGAGCUCGGGCACCUGAUGGUGGGGUGUACACCUGUAAGGCCAGGAAUGAGUUUGGUGAGGGGCUGGCAGGGGCCGUGCUCUUGGUCGAUGCUGGCCCGGGCCAUGAGGAAGAAGGCACUCGGAACGGUUAUGCAAACGGCCACUGGAAGGCACACCAAAGCAAACAGCGAGGUGGGAGACAAGUGGCCAUGAGACAAAAAGAAGACCCCCUACCAAAUACCACUAAAGUGAAAAUGUUUGCUGUAACGGAGGGAAAACACGCCAAGUUUCGCUGCUUUGUCACAGGGAAACCAAAACCAGAGAUAAUCUGGAGGAAAGAUGGGAAGCUAAUCAUGUCUGGGAGGCGAUAUCUUUUGUACGAAGACCGUGAGGGCUACUUCACGCUCAAAGUUCUCUACUGUAAACAGCAGGACAAUGGUGUGUACGUCUGUGCAGCAUCCAAUACAGCGGGACAGACCCUGAGCGCUGUCCAUCUCUUCGUGAAAGAACCACUGGUACGGUUCAAGCAGCCACUUAGUGACUUGGAGGUAUGGGAGCGAGACUUGGCCAUCUUAGAGUGUGAAGUCCCAGAGGACUCUGUCCCAACCACAUGGUACCUAGAGGACCGCAGGUUGCAGCCAGGGGCCAAGUAUGGGAUGGAAGAGUGGGGGACAAAACGGCGACUCACUAUCCGUGACAUUGGAGCAGAUGACGAUGGCAUCUAUCUCUGCGAAAUGGCAGAUGGAGGGAGGAGCAUCGCUGAAGUAUCUGUAAGAGGUACUAUUGUACGUAAGCUUCCACGGAAGGUAGACGUUCUUGAAGGAGAAAACGCUGCCUUCUGCGUGGAGGUAGAGGAAGAAGAAAUGGAAAUCCAUUGGUUUAAGGAUGGAGUUGAGCUACGGGAGACUCACCAGACCAUUGUCAAAUCUUUUGGUAAAACUCACAUACUGGUGUUUGUGAACACCUCACCCCAGGAUUCUGGAAUAGUAACUUUCAUUGUUGGUAGAUCCAAGACAUCUUCACAUCUCAGGGUGAAAGCUACCAGACACAGCCCACCUAGCUGUCCAGUGGGAGUUCAAAUUAACCUCGAACGUGCAAAUGCUGCCCUCCUCUCUUGGGUCCCAGCUCAGGACUCGCGUAGGAACCCUCCUUCAGGGUAUGUUCUAGAGAGACAGGAGGUUGGAACACAAGAGUGGCUGCAGUGUCUUACAACAGACUCUGCUACCUCAGUGGAAAUCCUUGGGGACAGCGUGCCAUGUGAGGCAGACUACCGAUUUCGCAUCUACAGUGUCAACAAGUACGGCAAGAGUGGCCAUGUGGAGUUCCCCAGAGCAGCACAUCUGGUCCCAGUAGCUAAAAUACAAGCACCUCUGCAAGAUGCUCUUGUGCCAGAAGGGCAGGAUGCUUGUUUCAUCAUUGACCUCUCAGCCUCGGUCAUCGGGACCUGGUUUUGGAAUGGAACUCAAAUUCAGGAGGAUGAAAGGUUUUCCAUGCGAAGGUCCCGAACACAUCACUCCUUGCGUAUUAGAGGGGUGCGGGACACAGAUAAUGGCGCGGAGAUCACUUUUAUUGCCUAUGGUAUAAGAGACUCGGCUGCACUCUACAUUCAAGCACCCUUAGUGAAGUUUACACCUCUUUCGGAGAUGGACCGCAAUAAAUUCAUUGAAGUCGGCAACCCCAUUGUAUUGUACUGCGAGCUAUCAGACCCUGCAGCUCCUGUUCACUGGUACAAAAAUGGGGUUGAGCUGCACACAACAGACAACCUUCACAUCCAGUCAGAAGGAACCAUGAGGAGAAUUGUUAUUCAGUCAGCUGAGUUCUCUCAUUCUGGAGUAUACAGCUGUGAUGCUGUUGAUGAUGUCAUUCGAUUUAAUGUGGAAGUAGAAGAACCUCCAGUAACUUUUGUGGAAAUCCCCGAAGAGAGUCGUCACAGAAGUGUUGUAGAGCUUGACCCUCUUGUUCUACAGUGUGAGGUGUCAAGACCUGAUGGCACUACGCAGUGGUACAAGGAUGGCGUUGAAAUCCAACCUACCGACAACAUUACCAUGCAGGCUAACGGUGUCGUGAGACGUUUUAUUAUUCGAUCAACUCAGCUUUCAGACAGUGGGACAUACACAUGUCGAGCAGGAGACAGCACGCUUCUUUUCAAAGUUGUCAUACGAGAGCCUCCAGUGUUGAUCAUCUAUCCCAAGGAAGACGUGCACCUCGAUCGGCAUGUCUCUGAGGAGAUAGUGCUGAGCUGUGAGCUCUCACGCCCAAAUGCUACCGUACACUGGUAUAAGGAUGGCCAGAAGCUACAGGAAAGUGAGAACAUCAAACUGAAAUCUGAGGGCCCUUACAGGAGGCUCAAGAUUCUGCGUGGUGCUAUAGAGGAUUCCGGAGAAUAUGUGUGCGAUACAGCAGAUGACUCCAUCUUCUUCCAGUUGAACAUAACAGAAGCUCCUGUCCGCAUCGUGUCCCCUAGCCAGUCCCAAAUGGAGCUGUGUCAACAAACGUCAGAGCGAAUGGUGUUGAGUUGUGAGCUCUCCAGAGCCAAUGCAGCCGUACGUUGGUAUCGUGAUGGGCUUGAGGUGGAAGAGAAUGACAAUCUUAUCUUGGAAGUUGACGGGAUCUAUAGGAGACUCAUCAUCCCAGAAACCACUGUGCAAGACUCAGCUGAAUAUGUGUGUGACACAGUUGAUGACUCAGUGACAUUCUUUGUGAAUAUUGCAGAACCACCGGUGAGGUUUGUGCGUCCUAGAAAGAUGGCGAGCACAGUGGAAAGAUUUGUUGGCAAUCCUGUAGUUCUUGAGUGUGAAGUUUCCCGACCAAAUGCACAAGUGAGCUGGAGGAAAGGAGGAGAGGAGAUUGAAGAGAGCAAAAACAUCACCAUUGUUGAGGAUGGCAUUUUCCGCCAACUAACCAUUCACUCCUCCACACUCGCGGAUACAGGACAAUAUAUUUGUGAUGCCAAGGAUGAUGUAAUGGACUUCCAAGUCAAAAUCAAAGAGAAACCAGUAAAAAUCCUAAGAACAGGAGAUAUGAAGACAGAGCAUCAUUGUCUGGUGUCUGAUAACAUUGAGUUGGAAUGUGAGCUUUCAACUGCCAAUGGUAUUGCCAAGUGGUACAAAGAUGGUGUGAAAAUUGUGGAAAACGAGCAUUUCUGCUUUGAAGAUGAAGGAGUUUUCCGUUCCUUAGUCAUUCUGAAUGCUGAGCUCUCAGAUACUGGAGAGUACCUGUGUGAUGUCCAAGAUGACAGCAUUGUGUUCCAUGUCACUGUACAAGAACCUCCAGUCUUCAUUUUGGGGAACUCGGAGAGUCCAGAGCACCACAGCCUGUUAACAGGAGAUGAUCUCAUCUUGGAGUGUGAUGUCUCUCGUGCUAGUGCUCCAGUAAGCUGGUACCACAAUGGGAGCCUCUUGAGUUCUGAUUCUCGUACGCAUAUUGAGAGCCAUGGAACAGUUAGGAAGCUUGUCCUUUCAAGACUCGAGCCUUCAGACUCAGGGGAAUAUACAUGUGAUGCCAUUGAUGACAAAAUGAUCACCAUUGUGAAGGUUCAAGAACUACCUGUCAAGUUCCUGGACAAAGCUAAGUUUAAUACUGUUAGUGCGUAUGAAAAUGAGAGUGUGACGCUCUCUGCCAUGGCAUCCCGGGAGAACGCAAAAGUGCAGUGGCGCAAAGACUCAGAACACGUCCAGGGCGGACGUUUCCACACCAGCAUAGAGGGGAAGACUUACCUCCUCACCAUUAAACCUUUGAAGAGGUCAGACAGCGGCAAGUACACUUGUGAUGCCGGCACUGACCAAAUGCACUUUGAGCUUGUAGUCAAAGAGCCAAGAAUUAAAUUUGUGAGGCCACUGAAAGAUGCAGUAGCUCACAAAGAUGGCGUUAUCGCUCUGCAAUGUGAACUGAACCGGGCCGAAGGAGACGUUCUAUGGCGGAAAGACGGCCGAGAGAUCACCCACAGUCGACGGCGUGCCAUCAGGGCAGUUGGCCGGGAGCGGACACUCACCAUCCAACAGAUAACUGUGCAAGAUGCUGGGGAGUACGUCUGCGAGUCCAAAGAUGACAGAACAUGUGCCAGAAUCAAAGUGGAAACACCUCGAAUUGUGGAAUUCAUUGCAGAGUUACACAGCACCACUGUGCUAGAAGGGGAGGACGCAACAUUUAAGUGUGUUGUCUCUCCUGAGGACGCACAGCUGGUGUGGCACAGAGAUGGGCAGCCUGUCGUUCCGGGCGAGAGGGUCACCGUGUCCAGCAGCGGGCUGUGCCACAUUCUACAUAUCCUCCGCUGCCAGCUCUCCGACAGCUGCAAGAUCACAGCGGUGGCCGAAGGGAUUGUGUCUAAAGCCAGCCUUCAUGUCCAAGAGGCACAGGUGCUCUUCACAAAGAAAAUGCACUCUGUGGCAUUUGAAGAAUAUGGGGAGGCCACGCUGGAGGUGGAGGUGAGCCGGGAAUCUGGGGAGGUGCGGUGGAUGAGACAAGGCGUGGUCAUCAAACCGGGGGCCAAGUUCACCCUCGGACAGAGCGGCAGGAAACGCACCCUCGCCAUCCACAAGCUGGCCCUUUCCGACCAGGGGAGCUAUCGUUGCGAGACUCUGCACGACUACACGCAGGCCAUCGUCCGUGUGGAGCCCAGGAAAAUCACUAUUAAGAAAGGACCGAGCCAUGUGGAAACAUUUGAGCGCGAGACAGCCUCCUUCGAAGUGGAAGUGUCCCACCCUAACGUGGACGGGGUGUGGCAGAAGGACGGGCUUCGGCUCAAACCCAGCAACUACUGCCGCAUGAGUGCUAAGGGGUGCAAGCAUAGUCUGACCCUUUCGAACCUCAGCCUGAAAGACACGAGCACCAUCACCUUCUCUGCCGGCACUGUUGGAACAUCGGCCAGACUCAUAGUGAAAGAACCUCCAGUGACAGUCCUGAAAAAGACGGAAGAUCUGAGCAUCCCAGAAGGUGCAACAGCCUCUAUUGAAUGUGAACUUUCAAGACAGAAUGUGGAAGUAAACUGGCUGAAGAAUGGGACUGCAGUGAAGCCAGACAAAAAGCAUCGCAUAUAUUCAAUGGGCAGAAAGCGUUUCCUUCAGAUCUUGAAGUGUGACACCAGUGAUUCUGGAAUCUACACAUGUGAUGCUGGAGAAACGAAUGCGUCCUGCUCCCUGGACGUGUAUGAGCGAGAUGUAGAGAUACUACACGGUCUUGAGGACCUUGACAUACAGGAGGAUCAGAACGCUGUGUUCAUGUGCGAGGUGUCCUUAGAAAGCGUGCCUGCAGAGUGGUUCAGAAACGGAGCGAAGAUCCGACAAACCAGCACUAUUAAGAUACGCCAGGAAGGGACCAAGCACUUUCUUCUGAUGUGCAACGUCAAGGCAGAGGACUCUGGGGAAAUCAAGUUUGUUGCUAAACAAGCAGAAUCCAUAGCCUACUUAGAUGUGGAAGCUGUUCCUGUGACAAUUGUAAACCCUCUCCAGGAUAAGACUGUUCUAGAGAACAGCCGCGUGGUCCUGGAGUGCACGGUUUCCAACCCCAGAAGCAGCAUCCGCUGGUACCACGGAAGUGAUGUGGUGCUGCCAUCGGAGCAUUUUGAGAUCUGUAGCGAGGGUUGUUACCGAAAGCUUGUCAUCCAGCAGGUGUCCCUGGAAGAUGACGGCAUUUAUAGUGUGCAAGUUGGGGAGCAUACAUCAUCAGCCAGGCUGACCGUGGAAGCUUGCACAGGUGACAUGUGAUGGGAGGACAGAUGAAAAACUGCCUUGACCUUCAACAACUUUCUUAGGAAAAACUUAUUUAUAUAUGUAUUUAUUGUUUAUAUUUUCAAAUGGGAAAUUGGGGGAAUAUAAUAGUUUCACUUUGAGGGAUCUGGAGAUUAUUUACAUUGGGGUAAAAGGAAAAGCUUUGUAACCUUCAGGAGGUAAUCUCAAAAUAAGAGGAUAACAAUACAGCACUGUACCUGAUCAGCAAACCUUGAUUACCAAAGAAUAUACAUUUUAAAGUGGGUCACUGCUCCAAAGUGCUUGGUGGACUAAAGCAUGCCCUAUGGAAUUUAAGUAAACAGUGAGAAAGGGCAGGUGUUACCUUCACCUAAAGUGCCAUUGUAGAGGAAUGGCAUCUAAAAAGUGAAACAAAACCUGAGGAAAAAGGAUACAAAACAGUGAAAUUCAUCCUUCUACUGUAGUACAUAAAUCUUUACAAGUGUGAAUGAUCAAUGUUCAAUGAAGCAAUAUUAAACAUUCUCAGAAAUAGUUUUUGAUGUUAUUUCUAUAUUGAUUUUACUUACGUUUUCUUUCCUGAUGUCAAUCUGUAAA